CCCAGGAUAUUUAUAUUGAAUUACAUCCACUCACAAAAAAAGCAUUGUGGAUUUCACCACUGAAAUCUGACCACCUGCGCGAGCCUUCCCCCUCUUCAAUCUGAAAGCAAAGGUUUAACCACCAUACCUCAACUACGGGGACCACGAGGACAUAAGGAUUAAGGAUUUUGGACAGGUCGCCUGUCUACACUUUGUGAAAAAUACCUUUUUUAUCAUCUCAUCUAGAUUUUAGUAUCUGAUAGACACCCUGUGUGGUUUUCAGCAGAUUCUUGGAAAUCACUGGCAUCUGCUUUUGGAUUUGGACACCGCUACUUUUUUGCUUCCCUUCUGUUAUUGUGGAUAUUUAACGCACUGAAUGCUUGGCACAGUGCGCCCAGUGGAUUCUCGGAAACUCGUGGAGGAGGUUUCAGGAGGACCGCGCAGCUCUGGGAUCAACACACACUGAAACGCAAUCUCUCAUUUUCAGUGACUCAGCGAGCCGCACCAAAAAAAAAGAGCCACCACAUAUUUCAGUUUCAGGGUUUCAAGGUGACAGAGGCAUCUAUCAAGUCCAGGCCGGACACUGAAGCUACGCAUGGUCACUGAGCCGAACCUUGAAGAUUGAAUGAACAUGUUUGGCACGGCACCUGUGCGUCCUGAUCCCCACCGUGUCUCAACAGGUUACUCACCUUAAAUACGCUUCCAGCGCGCGUCUUUGGCUUCUCCUGCUCUCCCUCUCUCUCUGUCUUUCCCUCUCUCUGCUCUGCUCUGCUCUGCGGUUCCUCCACGUUUCCCACCAUGGUGGAACCCAGUGGCCUGGACAUCAUGUGUCUGAACAAGUACUGCCACAGUUCCUCCUCCUCCUCCUCCAGCUCCGAGCACGACAAGAAGACCUUCGCCCAAAUCAAGCUCAAUCUGUCGGGGGAAUACCCGAGGAAGAACGCGGAGAUCCUGAGCGGACAGUACGGCACCAACCUGCUGCUGAUCGGGGCUGCGCUGAUGUUGGCCAUCGCGCACCACGACCCCUUCGUCAAGGAGGAGCACCUGCUGUCGCUGGUCACCUGCCUCAUGAUCCUGCAGCUGCUGUGGAUGAUGUGGUACAUCCUGGUGCGGGACAGACAGAAGAACACGCGCACCGAGAAGGAUGUCCACGCCACCACGUGCUGGAUCAGAGGUGGUCUGACUCUCCUUGCACUGCUCUCACUGAUCAUGGACGCGUUCAAAAUCGGGCAUUAUGUUGGCUAUCACCCUUGUGUGUCGGCCGUGCUCGGGGUAUAUCCUGUCAUCCAUGCCACCCACACCAUAGCACAGGUGCAUUUUCUUUGGUUUCACAUCAAGGACGUCAUCAAGAGCUACGAAACAUUCGAGAGAUUCGGCGUCAUCCACGCCGUCUUCACAAACCUCCUCCUGUGGUGCAGCGGUGUGAUGUCAGAGGCCGAGCACUUCCUGAACAACCACAUGAGGAGACUUUCCGCCCUGGAUUUCGGAAACCUCACCACAGGUCACCCCGAGCCUCUGUGUAACUGCACCACCAGCACUUGCUCCAUGUUCUCCAGCAGCCUCUACUAUCUCUAUCCCUUCAACAUCGAGUACCACAUCUUUGUCUCAGCCAUGCUCUUCGUCAUGUGGAAAAACAUCGGACGGAUCAUGGACCUCUCUUCGAAUCGGAAAAGGCUUGCUACCAAAACCCAGGGCCUGUCUGUGGGUCCCAUCCUGGGCCUGCUGGCUCUGGCCAGCACCAUCGGGAUCCUGGUGGUGUACAUCACCCAAGUGGAGUCCCUUCAGACGCGCCAGUCUGCUAUCUCCAUGUUCUACAUUUAUGGCAUCGUCCUGCUGCUGUUCAUGUGCUGUGCCAGUGCUUCAGGUUUGCUCAUAUACCGCGUUGACCACAUACCGCUGGACACCUCCAAGAACCCGUCACGACAGCUGGACACAGAGCUUCUCUUUGGUUCCUCUAUUGGCUCCUGGCUCAUGUCGUGGUGCAGCAUCGUGGCUGUGUUAAGUACCAACAGCAGUCCUCCGUACCGCUGGACCAACUGCAUCUACUCUCUGCUCCUUGUUGUGGAGAAGUGCAUGCAGAACCUCUUUGUCAUCGAGUCCCUUUACCGCCAGCCAGGGGAAGUGGAGAGCGACGACCCAGAACUACAAUCCGCUCCAGAGAUCUUCUCUGUGACUUCCUCUUCAGCCCCACCGUAUAACGGCAUCAUCAACCGAGCUUACGAGACUCCGGAUAAAGCGUGUGUCACCAUGGAGAACGAGCAGGAGGAGAGCGGUCCGGUGUACAGGUGUCCGAGGAAACCGUCAGAGGUGCCGCUGCCUGUGGGAAACAAAGUGGUGGAGCCUCCGAAUAUAAAGAGGCAAAUCCUGAAGAACCUUUCUGUCUUCCUGAUAAUGUGUAAUAUUUCGCUGUGGAUCCUUCCCGCCUUCGGCUGCCGGCCACAGUACGACAACGGGUUGGAACAGGAGACCUUCGGCUUCAGCAUAUGGAUUACCGUUCUCAACUUUGCCAUCCCCUUGAACCUUUUCUACCGCAUGCACUCCGUUGCCUCGCUCUUUGAAGUGUUCCGCCGCGUCUGACAAACGAGCCCGAUGACGACGAUGAGGUGCGACGUGCGCGCAGGAACACUUGUCACCAGCAGCUCCAGAGAGUGUCUCUAAGCACAGGUCAACCCUUUAGGAGGGAGUCAGCGUCGCACUCCUACAGACUUGAAUGUGGAGGGGCGAUAAACCAAACUUAGAUCCCCCAGUGAGGACAUGACAGAGGACAAGAUAAACCUGUUCACCAGCGUUCCUUGAAGAAUGACCUUGUGUAACACAAGGCUUAUUAAGACUCUUAGUACUCUUUGUUUUAUAGGCAUAUUCCAGUUAAGAUGUUAUAACUGGUGAUGUUGUAUCUGACACGCACACUUUGUACUGCUUCGUAUUAGUACGUGAAAUUAUAGAAUAGACUAAUUACUUGAUUUUCAUAUUGUAAAAUGCAAGUUAAGACACUGCAGCAGCCAUUAUGGUGCGUUCACGCCGAACUCUAUGCGAUUUUUCACGCUGUUUAACUUACUAUUCAACGUGACUGAAUAGUAUCCAGAGAAUUCUUGCCUAAUCAACAGGCAAUCAACAAGAGUGUGGCCAAAACUUUGACUCUAGUGACUCGCACUUUGUGCUUGCUUUGUGGCCCGCCCUCAUCCUUCUUCAUCCUCUUCGUCCUCCAUUUGUGAAAUGACAUCAGGAGAUUGGAACAGACUCUCAACACUCGCUUUCGUGAUGUUGCUAAAUCAUUAUUAAUGAUAAUUUAGUUGAAAUAUUUCAACUUUAAAGCGACCAAAGCGAGCGACCACGCAGGAUUUGUGUAAUUCACGUUCAUCCACUGAAAUCCACGAAAACGUGCAAAUUUGCAUCAAGCCUUUACUUUAUCUUAGCAAUCCUUCCAGUGAACGCACAUUUAUUCUCCUAUCUAUCAUUAUCUAAUAAUGAAAUAGUACUGUAACUCACAGAGCCACGGGAACACUGAUGUACCACUUUUCAUCUGCACUUUGUUGUGCAUACUCUCUAUGGAUAAGGUUCUCAUUGUCUUUACUUAGAGUAUUUCAUGAUGUUGUGUUUGUCAUGCAGAGGAUUUUAUGAUGUGUUCAGACCAAGGCAAGUCUUAAUAAACAGACACACAAACUGUA